CCCUAAGAGGAGGUGCUGGCGGGAGCGGCGGGCGGCCGGCGAGAGGCACCGGAAGCGAGUCCAGGGAGCUGAGGCCCAGAGGCGGCCCCCACCCCGGCCAUGGCCCUGCCAGGUAGCAACAAGGACAAUAUCAGAGCUGGAUGUAAAAAAUGUGGCUAUCCUGGUCACCUGACUUUUGAAUGCCGUAAUUUUCUCCGAGUAGACCCCAAAAGAGACAUAGUUUUAGAUGUCAGCAGCACAAGUAGUGAAGACAGUGAGGAAGAUGCUGAGGAACUCAAUAAAUUGCAGACUUUGCCUGAGAAAAAUAUAAAUGAGGAAGAGGAAAAGAAAAAACAGAAAAGAAAAAACAAAGAGAAACUUAAAUUGAAAAAGAAAAGAAAAAGGUCUUAUUCAUCUAGUUCUACUGAAGAAGAUACUUCAAAACAAAAGAAACAGAAAUCCCAGAAGAAGGAAAAGAAAAGGGAGAAAAAAAGCAAAACAAAAAAAGGAAAACAUCACAAAAAGGAGAAAAAGAAGCGAAAAAAGGAAAAACAUUCUUCUUCUUCUGAUAGUUCAGACUCUUCUAGUAGUAACUGAGAUAUCCACUCAUUCUGCUGACAUUUUAUAUUUAAGAGAUUUGCUUCAGUAAUUAUGCUUUGUAUUAAACUCACACCUUCCAGACAAGCAUUCCUCCAUGUAUAAGGCCAACACCGCUCUUGACCUACCCGGGUUGUGACUAUGAAGUAAGAAGGAUUAUUAUAAGAUUUAGGAAUCAGUCUUGUUAGGGACAUAUCUUAUUUCAUUCUCCUUAAUAUGUUUUUCUUUGCUAUUACCAUUGCUUUAGAAAUUUAUCGUAAAGUGUCAUCACAAAAGACAAGGAAAAAACCAUCUGUACAAGUAGCCUACCUGACUCUCAAUGCUAUUACCAAAUGUCUGUCCACCUUCCCAGGGAGCAGAUCUAGGAAGUGAAACAUGUGUUUGGGAAGCGGAUCCCUGCAGACAUUCAACAUCUUCCAAAAAAAACCACAGCAAAAUCAAGUAGCCUUAUAUCCUAUUAUAUAAGUAAUAGUAUAUUGUUUUUAUAGGACCAGGCUUUUGACCCAUAACAUUGCCUUAUGGGUCUUUUUUUUCUUUAAAUAAAUGGAAUGUACAGAAAAGUACUAAAUGCAAGAGCCUUGUUCCAAGUUUUACUCUUAUGUGAAAAAAGUUUUUAGUAACUGCCUAGUGUGGGUUUUUCCCUCUAGCAGUUGUAGUAUUUUCUUUUCUCUUUAAAGACCAGUCCAUUUUGAGCAUUUAUUCCUAGCAUUGCUGCUCUACUUAAGACUUAAAGAUAAGAUUCUGUUGAUCAGUAUUUAUAGCAGUAACAGCUGUUUUGUUUUGUAAAUGUGCCACAUUGGCAUAUGUAAAAGUGAUGCUUCAGAUAUCAACAUCUGUAUUCUGGGGGAAGAUGGAACCUUCAUUAGGGUUGGCUUUUUUUUUUUUGUCAGAUGAAAUAUCAAAAUUUUAUGAAGCUUGUUUGUAUUAGAGUAGUGCAGGAAUUUUUAUAAAUUUGAAAUUAUAUACUGUAUUUUGUCAAAUAAUUUUUAAAUGCUUUUUUAACAUUUGACAUUAAUUCUCGUGCUUUCUUAAGUGGCCAGUUGGGGUAGGAGAAGGAAUUUGAUUUUUACUUAGUCAUAAACUUUAGCAGAUGCAUAAAAUAGUUUUAAUUAAGUUAUCGAUGAAGAAAGACUGCAGAUCUUUAUCCUGCCAUCUGUUUGGAAAAUUAAAAGCUUCAGAAUGUUAGAAAUAAUUUGUCUUCAUUGGCUAUGACCUUACAUUUUUCAAAUAAAAAUUAUAUGUUUGAGCAUUCUCAAUUAUAAACUAGCAUACUUAGAUAACCUGUCCUGGAUUUUUUUUCCUUAAUAAUGGACAACAUUCUUUAUGGUUAUGAUCAAUAAAUUAAAGAUUUAUCAGAUUGUA